AGUUGCCUCUUCAGGCUUCUCCAGCUGUGAGAGAAGUUGCUGUUUCCAAGGCAGAUUUUCACCAAGAAAAAAGGCAUAUCUCCUUCUGUGGACCAAAGACCAUGGAACUGUCAGACAGUGACCGGCCUGUGAGUUUUAGCUCCACAUCCUCCUCUGCCUCUUCCAGGGACAGUCACUGUUCCUUUGGCAGCAGGUUGACCUUAGCUUCCAAUGGCCAUUUGAGCUUGUGUAAUAACCAGGACAAGGAAGCAGGAGCCAUAAAGCUCGAGCUGAUGCCAACGAGGAGAUUCUCCAGCAGUGAAGUCCAGAGGAAUCCCCCAGAGGAGAAACAGAACAUGGAAGAAAACAGUGAAAAGUGGCAGGGAGUGCUGAGGACAACCGAAGCAAAAGGGGCAAGCAAAAAUGGCACCCUCUCCCUGGUUGCAGAAUCUACUACAAGUCCUAAACUUCUCUAUGUGGAUAGAGUAGUCCAAGAAAUUCUGGAGACAGAGAGGACCUACGUACAAGAUUUAAAAAGCAUUGUGAAGGAUUAUCUUGAUUGUAUCAAAGACCAAUGCAAACUUUCUCUGGGGGCUGAAGAAAGAUCCGCCCUUUUUGGAAACAUACAAGAUAUCUACCAUUUCAACAGUGGACUUUUGCAAGAUUUGGAAAACUGCGAAAAUGAUCCCGUGGCCAUAGCAGAAUGUUUUGUAGCUAAGAGUGAAGAUUUUCACAUUAAUACACAGUAUUGCACCAAUUAUCCAAGAUCAGUAGCCGUGCUAACAGAAUGCAUGAGGAACAAAAUGAUAGCCAAGUUCUUCCGAGAACGUCAAGAAACUCUCCAUCACUCACUGCCUUUAGGAUCAUACCUCUUGAAGCCUGUUCAACGGAUCCUCAAGUAUCAUCUGCUUUUACAUGAAAUAGAAAACCACCUCGACAAGGACACUGAUGGCUAUGAUGUGGUGCUUGAGGCCAUAGACACAAUGCAGAGAGUAGCCUGGCAUAUUAAUGACAUGAAGAGGAAACAUGAGCAUGCAAUCAGGCUACAGGAGAUACAGAGUUUGCUGACUAACUGGAAGGGACCAGACUUGAACAGCUAUGGGGAGCUGGUGUUGGAAGGAACGUUCCGCCUCCAGCGGGCUAAAAAUGAGCGAACAUUGUUCCUCUUUGACAAGCUGCUUCUGAUCACAAAGAAAAGAGAAGAAACCUUUACCUACAAAGCUCACAUACUGUGUGGCAACCUCAUGCUUGUGGAAAUGAUUCCCAAGGAACCACUUAGUUUUAGUGUCUUCCAUUUUAAGAAUCCCAAGCUUCAACACACAGUGCAGGCUAAAUCUCAACAAGAUAAACGACUCUGGAUUCUGCACCUGAAGAGACUUAUCCUAGAAAACCAUGCUACUAAAAUUCCAGCGAAGGCCAAGCAAGCAAUUCUGGAAAUGGAUGCCAUUCAUCAUCCAGGAUUCUUUUACAGCCCUGAGAAAGAAAUGAAGUCAUUUUCCAAUUUGAAAGAAGGCACUGCUCCCCAUCGCCUGAGAAGAAAAUCUGAACCUUCCUCUAGAGUGCAUAAGGUUUUGAAAUCCAGUGAAACAACACAAGAUAUGCAAAAGAUUUCCAAGGAUAAUGAAGAAGCAUCUUCAUCACUAAUCACAGACCUUCCACGUUCUACAUCAGCCGGAAAUCCCCCAACACAGAGGACCUCUCAGCAAAAUAGCCCAGCCAUUUUGAAUGUCCUGGGAGGCGGUGGUGCUGGUGUGAGAAACAUCUGGACUGACCACCAGAUCAGGCAAGCCCUAUUUCCCAGUAGACGCUCACCUCAAGAGAAUGAGGAGGAUGAAGAUGAUUACCAUAUGUUUCUGCCAUCAUUAUCUUCAUCCGAUCUGCAUUCCACCAGGCUUUCUGAGGAGAGUAAUGGUUCCAGUCGACCAUGUAGUUGGCACUUGGGACAGAUGCAAUCCAGGGAUCCAGGGGUCACCAAUGCUGGUCACAGGAUUGUCAGGAGAGCCAGCAGUGCUGGUGAAAGUAACACUUGUCUACCAGAAGCACAAAAUAGAGACAGUGAGAAUGUUCAGCAUGCUUCACGGAGGGAGGCAGAGAGAGGUUCUAGAACAGAAAGUGAUGGGAAGGCUUACUUUGAUACAGAGUUGCCCCUUCCUGACAUAGACCAUGUCUAUGAUAACAUAAGUUAUGAAGACUUGAAACGGAUGGGUUUUGCCAAAAGGGAUGGGCCUGAAUAUAUUCCCCAGAGAUCAAAUAUGGAUUCUGUGCAAGGGGUGCACCAUCAAAGCAGCCCAGACUUAUUAGCCUCCCCCCACAAGCAAGAAGGUCAAGAUAAUGUCACUCUGUCUGAAAAAAGAGAUGGAACCCUAUCCGGUAGAGAUGCCUCCAACUUAAGCUCGAAUGAACUCAACAUUACUGAGGAAAAUAUAUAUGACACUAUACAGCUCCCAGACCCACCCCUACUGGAUUUUAAAUGCAACUACCUAAAAUGUGCAAAGCGGAGCAGCUUUUUAGGGCUGGAGACAGACUUUGCCUGUUGUGACAGUUUGCGCCCAUUUGUUUCUGAAGAGAGCCUCCAGUUCAGUGAAGAUGAAACACCUUACCGUCAUGGUCCCUUGGAGAACGAUUAUUUAAGUUUGCUAUACAGUUCUUCGAACUCUGAUUCCCUGUCUCACAAGUCAGUAGCUGAUAAACUAUCAGAAGAGGUAGAUGAAAUUUGGAAUGACUUGGAAAACUACAUCAAGAAAAAUGAAGAGAAAACGAGAGACCGCCUCCUUGCCGCAUUUCCUGUUAGUAAAGAUGAUGUCCAAGAAAGGUUUCACGCUGGAAGCACACCUGAACUCAGUAAAGAUGUAGACUAUGCAAUAUCUACUCUCUCCCUGCCAGAAAAUCCUGUUUUCCUUAAGCCUGCAAAAAAUAAAGCUAUGAGGUUAAGUAGGACCAACCUCCCUUUUGAAGAAGACAUGCUUUACAAAGAAAACUCAUUAAUGAAUCUUAAUAGACUUUCUCUGGCCAGUGAAAUGCCUUCUAUAGAAAGCCCUUGUGAAUCAAUUAAUAGCAGUUUAUCCCAUACAGACCCUGAGAGUUCUGACCUAAGAGUGAACAGUGCAGAUAAAACCAAAAGCAGAGUUUUUCUGAUGGCAAGACAAUACAGUCAGAAGAUUAAGAGGGCUAAUCAGCUUUUAAAAGUGAAAGGUCCAGAGGGAGAACAAACAGCCACUCAGCCACAUAAGUCAAGACACAAAGAUCUUGCGGCCAUAUUGGAAGAGAAGAAGCAAGGAGGUCCUGCCAUUGGUGCCAGGAUUGCUGAAUAUUCCCAGCUCUAUGAUCAGAUUGUAUUCAGAGGGACACCCCUUAACACAAAGAAGGACGGCUGGGCUAGUCCUGGAGAAUCACCAGUCGUCCGUUCUUCAUCACCACCACCUACAUCUCUCUCCCAUUCUCAGUUUGAAGAUGAAUCUUCUCAAGCAGAAGACUGGCUUUUUCACUCUACGUACAGUAAUGGAGAAUUACCAGAUUUCCGUGCCUGGCCUCACGAAGAUACCAAGUCAAGAUACUCUUCUUCAGAGAUGAAUGCAAAAAGUACUCCUCGGCAGUUGUCAACAGCUUGUUCUGUGCCUUCACUUCGAACAUCUACCCCUCUACAGGGUCCUGUACAAAGACGGAGUGCUGUAAUAAACCAGCCUAAUAAAGAAAAUUUACGUCAUCUCCAUGUUUAUAAUUCUCUGGGCAGGAAAGGAACAAGUAAUAAAUCCCAGUCAUAUAGCUGGUCCCAGUCCACUUCUUCAAUUGUGCUAAACAAACUGGUGGACUCUAUCAACUAUCCAAAUGAAAUGGGAAAGAAGCAGCAGCCCUCUUCACACAGAAGCUCAAGGAGUGAUAGUCAACAGGACUUGUUACUAGGUACCACCGUCUCAGGUCAACAGGGUACUGAAAAAUGCUCCGAUGUGACUCUCCAGGAUUCACAGAAGGUUCUGGUAGUGAAUAAAAAUUUACCAUUAAAUGCCCAGAUAGCCACACAGAACUAUUUUUCCAAUUUCAAAGAGGUAGGAGAUGAAGAUGACUACGUAGAGAUAAAAUCAGAAGAGGAUGAAUCAGACCUAGAGAUAGCCCAGAAUCGUCCUCGGAAAUCUGAUCCAAAGAUCAGGGAUGAUGAGCUGUCUGAUGAUCACCGGAGCAACAUCGCCUCUUAUUCUUUAAGCAGCCCAUGUGCUUCUUCCACAAAACCAGUCAACAGCAAACUUAACCUUUCACCUUACCUAACAUACGGCGACUCUGACAAACUGAAUGACUACCUGUGGAAUAACUCCUCACCCAAUCAGCAGAACAUUGUCCAGGCUCUAAGGGAAAAAUUUCAGUGUCUUAGCUCAAGCAGCUUUGCCUAAAGUACUUCGUACCUUCUGACUGUACUGUCUUUUUACAAUACCCAUGUACUACAGAUACUAAUGACAUAUUUCAAUGUAGUGUGUUCACACAGCAAUAUGAAACUGUAGAUGUAUGACACAUGGCACAUUAUGUUGAAAAAGGUUGAAAUGGACAGGACUGUACCAGUGGCAAACAGUAAUUAACAUCUAGUGGUAUAUUUUGUGAGGAUGGUUGAUUUCUAAGUUAAUUUUACUUGAACAUCCUUAGCUUAAUCUUACUAUCUUCCACUUACACCUCAAAGUUUGGUCUUUUUUAUGGUCUGGCCACUUUCUUCCAUAUCUUGACAAUUCUGUCCAGACUUUAAGAAAUUUUAUUGGGUGGCAGCUGUUAUCACAGGUAGCAGAGCAAGCACCAUUAAAAGAUUUUAAAGCAUCUUAGGCUAAAAGUCAAGACCAAGGAUAACAUUAUCUAAAGGCUAUCUGGGUCAAUUUGAUAUCUGCUAUAAGUUGUCAUCACUACCGCAUUUCUCAAUGCUUGACAAAAACUUAUGUUGGAAUAGCCCUUUCUAGGGGGUAGUAUAUAAUGUGUUAUCCACUUUUUGGUUUCUGCUGGGAGCUCAGAUAAGUUGAUAAUUUAGUGUAUGCAAAAGUUAUACGACAAGGAAUCAGAUUGCCCACAUUAGAAGGAAAAGGAAAAUCUUCUCUAGGUUCUUUAUGUAGGUAGAUUCUUUGACAAUUGCCACUCUUUGCUAUUUGAAAACAAGGCCUUGAGAAUAUACUCACAUUGCCAAUUUUAUGACUCCUGGAAUAUAGUAAUUCCUUCAGUGGCCUGAAGGAAAAUCCAAUAGUUUGUUUUCCAUUAGCAUAAGUUGAAUAAAAAAAAUUUCUUAAACAUGUUGAAGUACAUUUCACACAAAGAAAAUAGAUUAUUCUUAAAUAAAACUAAGGCAUUUUUUUUAAACUGCCCCCUCUCCUUCCCCCAGAUUUAUAUUUUCAAAGGGCAUUCUCCUAUAUGCACCCUCAUGAGUCUGGGACUUGACUGAAAACAUUUCUGAAGAGUUAGUGACUUGUAAAUGCCAUUUGAUUUUGUUUUAUUUGCAUGUAGUAUGUUUAUGUCUAUGCCCAUACAAAUCUAUGUUAAAGAUCUUUUACAAAGAAACACUCGUUACAAAAUUCUCUUUGCUACUUUUGCCAGCUGACACCUUAACCUUUCAUUGCUAUUAUUGUAUCUAAAAAGCAGUGUACCGUAGUAUUAUAUAGGGACACCAGAUACAUAGGACCUCAUAAGCCCUCUUUUUACACAGUUUUUUGUUUGGGAAAUUUUUUAAGUUGGGAAAUGCGGUAGCAGAUUUAUUUGUUAUUUGAAGAGAUCCUACUUAAUCACAAGUCCUAUGAAUGAAACAUAAAAUCAAAAGAUCUUAUGCAGAAACAAGAUAGAUUUUCAAAAUGUGGACUUCAAAGUCUUGUCUGAAGCAAUUAUAGAUACUUACUUCCUCCCCACCCCCAACACAGUUUCCUAUUUGGAUAGGCAAAUAUAAUCAUAUAUGAUAUUUCAUCUGUGUUGUCUUCAUUAAAAUGAGUGAAACUAAAACAAAGUACACAAUCAAGGUGGCAUCUUACUUGUGAUUCCUUUUUUGUGUUAAAUCCAAUGCCUCAUUUCCUUAAAUGCAAAACAUAAAAUGUGAUUCUCCUUAUUAGUGAUGGUUAGGACACUUAAAAAAAAAAAAACCAAGUCACUCUUUGCUUACUCUCUGCCCUUUUUCUUCCACCAAAGUGUUCAUUUGGGGUGGGGGUGGUUAAUAGGAUACCAAACCCUUCAUUCUUUGAUAACCUUAAAAAAUGCAGUUUCCUGGGGUUUCAGGAUCCAGCUGUUUCUGAAAAAAAGUCAUAAAAAUCUCAUACUUCUUGACUUCAUAAAAGUCUUAAAAACAAGCUCCUGCAGUGCCCUUGGAAAACAAAAAGCUACUUGAAUAUUAAUAUGCCUGGAAUGAAGUUGACUCCAUUUUUUUGUGAUUGGCAUGAACUGAAUUCUUGAAAAUGAGCUGAUCAUUUUUCAUUUUAUAUAAAUUGAUUCUUCCAAUUGAUGCUGCUUUGCUAAUUGCAUGGUUUUGAUGUCUACUAUUGAAAGUUUAAGACCCCCCACACACACCUGGCAAAUGAUAGCUUUACAAUAGCUCCUUUUGUUGUAUAAAGUGUAUAUGUACAUAUCACUGUAUUUACAUGUUUAGGCAAAGCUGUAUUUUAUGUCUUCAAAUGAAUUCUUUUUAUUAGGGUGUGGAUUUUGAGGACAGUGUACA